AUGAGUUCACAAUCUACUCUAAUUAAAAGUGAACCAAAAUAUAUUACCGUUGCAAUCAGCUAUGAAAAACUCGCCCAAGAAAAACGGUGGCUUAAUGAAAACAUGACAAUAUUCCCCAUUUCUAUGGAGCAUGCACGAAAAUAUGUUGAACUGAAAAGUACAACAUGUAGUCAGAAAAGUCUUCGAUGGUAUAUUAAUAAUUUGGCACAUUAUCAUAAAAAUGUAUUGAACAUAAACUGGAAAACAGACAAAGUGCUAGCAAUGAUGAACGAGGGGAUUAAUGAAAAUGACGAUGAUUCGAUGGCUUAUGUUGCAGCGGAACAUUGUGAUGUAAGCUCUCAAAAGAAAAAGAGAUCCAAUAAAAAAAUAUUGAUCGAGUCUCUAUCAGGCAAGGAUAGGGAUGAAAAUAAUGAAAACGAGGAGUUCGUUGACAAAGAUGUACGACGUUCCCAACGAUUAUUUCAACAAUCACACCAUAACGAUAAAGAUAACCGUCACACACAACGAAAGCGGAAGAAUAAUGGACAAACCGACAACGAUUACAAAACUCGUUUUCAGACGGCACUUGAAGAAAUUCAAUCACAUUACGUUGACGCCUGUAUUCAUCAUUCAGAAGGAUGUUUUCAAUUUGAUGCUAGGCGGCAUCUUGUGUUGACGGAAAAUAUGAUGCACCAUUGGGCAUCUCUUGUUGCAUCUGGUGAUGAUGUUGACAUAUUAUCGCCACCUUCAUUUGAAGAAACACCGGAAUUUAGCAUUGAUAAUGCUAG